GUUUUGACGGGACGUUAGAGAUUUGGAAUUUUGAAAAUUGUUGUAUUAUAUUAGAAGUAUAUCGACACAAAUUUGUGCAUUUUAAAGUUGUUGCUACUAUUGUUGUCCUCAGUUUAGUGUUUAAUUAUUACGGGAUUCACAAUGCGUAAAAAAGAUUCACAGGAAAAGAACAUACAAGUCGUUGUUCGUUGUCGACCAAGAAGCAGUCAAGAAAUAAAGGACUAUUCGCCUUCAGUCAUAGAGUGUUUACCAAACAAGAAGGAAGUUUCAGUUAGACAUGAUAUUGCUGACAAAUCAUCAGUUACUAAAACCUUUGGUUUUGAUCGAGUUUUCAAUCCCAGUUCUUCUCAGCUUGAAGUCUAUCGAUAUGUUGUCUGCCCAUUACUUGAAGAAGUGUUGUUGGGAUAUAAUUGCACUGUCUUUGCCUAUGGUCAGACUGGGACAGGAAAGACCUUUACCAUGGAAGGUGAAAAAAGCUUGGAUGGUGGCUCAUGGGACAAGGAACCAAAAGCAGGAAUUGUCCCCAGAGCAAUGCAGCAGCUGUUUGAGCAGUUGGAGGCAAUGCCAGACUGUGAAUUUUCUGUAAGAGUCUCUUUCAUGGAAAUAUAUAAUGAGGAUCUGUUUGAUCUUUUGGGAUCUUCAUUAGACAGCCAGAAACUGAGAAUAUUUGAAGAUUCUGCAAAAAAGGGUUCAGUUUUUGUUCAAGGUAUUGAAGAGACAAUUGUAAGAGAUAAAAAUGAAGUGUAUGAAAUUCUUGAGCGAGGAAGAGCUAAAAGGCAAACAGCUGCUACCCUCAUGAAUGCACAAUCCAGUCGAUCUCAUUCCCUCUUCUCGGUAACUGUUCACAUUAAGGAGAGUUCAGUUUCAGGAGAAGAGAUGUUGAAGACGGGUAAAUUGAACUUGGUUGAUUUAGCUGGAAGUGAAAACGUUGGUCGAUCAGGUGCUGUUGACAAACGGCUUCGUGAAGCAGGAACUAUCAAUCAAAGUUUACUGACUUUGGGAAGAGUAAUUACAGCUUUAGUUGAAAGGGCACCUCAUAUUCCAUACAGGGAAAGUAAACUGACAAGAUUGCUGCAAGAUUCACUUGGGGGGCGUACAAAGACAACCAUAAUUGCUACUAUUUCACCUGCUUCUUGUAACGUUGAGGAAACACUUAGUACCUUGGAUUAUGCUCAUCGUGCAAAGAACAUUCUAAAUCGACCGGAAAUUAACCAGAAAUUAACCAAAAAAACACUAAUCAAGGAAUACACAGAAGAGAUUGACAAACUUAAGAAAGAUCUUCUAGCAGCCAGAGAGAAGAACGGAAUUUAUCUCGCUAUUGAAAAUUAUAAUGACAUGCAAAGCAAGUUGAAAUCUCGCGAAGAGUCGUUGAGAAGCACACACGAGAAACUCUCACAUCUGGAAUCUGAGUUCGCGACUGUCUCCCAAUUAUUUCGCGAUACAAGUGAAGAACUUUCGGGUACAAAAAAUGAACUUCAAGACACGCGAGGAGUGCUUCAUCAAACGCGAUGUAAUCUGAAAAAGACAAUUGAAGAUCGCGAUGGUCUCGACUUCGUCUUGAAGGAGUAUGAUCAAACCGAGGCACGUCUGUUCGCCCGAUCUUCAGAAUUGCUCGAAAUGGUGAAUAAUAUUUCUGGGGAUAUUCAUAAAUUACAUAACACAUUGGAAAGGAAAACUCAUGUGGAGAAAACAAAUUCAAAGCACAAGAAAGCUUAUCACAGCCAGUUCUCUAAAUGCAUCGAUGAUCUACAACAGACAGUUUUUGAUUAUUGCAAAGAAGAAAAGUCGAGGACUCAAGAGCGCCUGACAUGGCUUCGCAAUCAAGUGACAGAGAAGAAUAAAUUACUGUCACGACAAAAGGAUUUUGUCGACGACCUGUUUGCUCGAAGGCAGCAGUUCGUAUUAGAUAUUCUUGACACGGAAAAGAGGCAUUUGAGCAGUGAAGAGGACUGGAAAGAAGCGGUUACUGAAGCUGUCACUGCAAAGAAGGACAAAGUGAUCGAGUUGUUACAACUUGUGUGUUCUAAUCAAUGGAAUGAUGCUAUUGACUGUGUGAAACGCUCAUUUGAAGAUACACAAAGCAAUUUAAGUGACAUUCAGAAAUUCAUGGCCGAACAGAGUGCAAAACGUGAGGAACUCGUCUCGGAAUAUCUGGAACAAAAGCGAAUUGCAGUUGAAAUGAUUCAAGGAAGACUAGAUAAAUUUAUGAACGAACAGGCCAAACAGAUUAAAGAGAUUUCCUGUACUCAUCGAAAAAAAAAGGAUGAGAUCCUUCAAUGUACUUCGAAUAUGCGGAAGUUGAUCGAGCAGUUAACAUCGACGGUAGAUAUGCAAAGUGGACUUUUGGAGUCAAAGUGGACGCAGGAAGAGGAAGAACACUGUCAACUUCAAUUGGCGAAUGUGAAUUUCGUAGAAGAAAGUAAAAGGACAUUGACUGAUUUUCCGAAGCAAGAUGCUGCGUUUGCUUCAGUCAUAUCUUCGCAUUUCGAUACAACACAAAAGAAAAUAGACGACACCUUGCACGAAGUGUUCCAAGAUAUAGAAGAAAGUGCCGAAUUACAUAAACACGUUGAAAAAACUGGUUUAUAUGUUAAAAACAACGGAGUUUGUAUCGCAGAAGAUUGGCAGAAAUGCAUAGACGAAUCAUUGACAGACAGAAUGGCAUGCAGUUCACGCCAUUUCAACAUUCAACAAAAACAAGUUGAAGAAUACGCCAAAACGUCGCUGUCUGAUUAUGCAACGCUCGGAGAAAAUAUAACGUAUGACGAACAGCAAUUUGAUAACAUGAUACAGACGAGUGAAGAGUUGACGCACAUCUUGGUUGAGUCAUUGGAUUCACUCAAGUCAAAACAUUCUGCACAAACAGAUCAUAUUGAUGAGAAAAUGUCCACGUUCAUUAGCGUUGAUUUGGUAGAGGAUGUUUCAACAGGUAUGACACCUAUAAGACAGCAGUACAAAUAUCCCACACAUCUACCUCGUACUGAAGAUAGAAGGACGCUUUGGCAGAUGUUUAAAGAAAACUAUGAUGUUCCUACGACACCACAGCUAAACGUGCGAGCAAGGAAGUUGGAAGAUACUGCUGAAGGAAUUGAUUUUGAAGCGGAGGACAUUUUUAUGGACAACGAGGGUAGUGACGUUGACAUACGUGCAACUGAGAAUGCUGUGAACUUAGAAAUUCAUAGCCAACGAUGUGAUGAUGAUGUAGAUUAUGAAGAAAAGGAGAACAUUUCCCAGGAUGUUGAAGAAGGAAAGAUGCGUAAAAAAUUUGACGACGGAAAUAAAAAUCAACGCAGCUUGUCUUUGUCAGGAGUGAAUAACAGCACUUCGGAAGGUGUUACAAGAAACAAGAUGACACGACUCAAGAAUUCUUCAAAAUCUCAAUGAAUUUUCGCUUUGUUUGAUUAUCGAUAAUAUACAUACGUUUUGUUUUGUAGAUAAGCAUGCUUAGAGCAAUAUUCACCUUAAAUAUUGUUGUGUCCGUGCUUGUGCUAACUUGCGCUGGCACUGUCUACUUUCCUUUCUGAGAAUGAAUUUAUUAUACUAAAUUAUACCCAGGCGGAAGUUGUAACUAAAACGUCGCCUUAUUGACAAUUGCGCCCGAAGUACGAAAUGUAUUUUACUUUUGUAUGAAACGUUUUAUAAAAA